AUGGCGCCUCCAACGUUCUCAAACAUGCGGGAUCCUAGCAGCCACGGGGCUGUGGACCCGCAAAUAAUCACGCAAAAUAACGCAUCAGGUGCUGGUGACGCUUCGACAAAUCCUCAUUUCGACGGUCAAAAUUCGAGUACCAAUCCGUUUGCAACUUCACUUGCCGAUGAGUACCUAGCUUUGAUACACGAUGGAGACCUCGCCUUCCCGCCACCCAGUUCUCAGGACACAAGAACUGGGAUGGAUGCAGGGGCCCAACAAACCCACGGGGAGGUUAUAGCAGGCCAGAACUUCCAAUGGGGAGAUACGACCGACCACAAUCGAAGCCAUCAAGAAGCCAGCCUGCGUCACUGGGAUCCGCAAUAUGUCGCCGAUUUCAAUAGACACAGUUAUUCUCAUAUACGGACGGCUCCUGUUCAACCACCGGGGCCGUUGUUUCAAAAUAGUCACCAGGUCGCAGUGCAUCAGAGAUCCGACUUGCAGCCCCCAGGACCACAGAAUGUUACUGCGCCAGCCUACCAAAUGAUACCACCAGGUACGGUCAAUACUCCUGCACAUUUAGAGACUCAGCAUUACGCAGGUGUGCGAUAUCGACCUGUCUAUUCUCCACCAUCGUACACCCGUCCCAAUCCCUAUAUGCCAUUCCCGCAAUGGGGAGUUUCACCGUUGACCAACCAGCCGAGACGGCACCAUCGGACGCAGAGCUCCUCUUCCACCGCAAGCUCAGUGCCGGGGCAGCAGCAGGCUCCAUCCGUCGGCCAGACUACACGUCGACGCACGCGCCCUGCAGGUGAAACGAAUCCGCAGCUCCCACGUCGCCUCUCGACAUCUCAAGUGCCCGGAGUGCCGCCGGUGGCGACUGCCACAAGCUCUAGUCCUACAAUGGCGACCGGAGCACCGCAUUACUUCACGUAUCUCACGCCAGAAGAUCACGUCCAGAUCCAACGAUUGGCGGAGCUGCAAGCAUACACAAGCAGUAUGCGCACUGGUAGUGCCGUCCAUGGAAGUCACCGACAGCACUCGCUGAAUGACGACGGCAUCGUUGAUCGUGGGCCGCCAACUUCCAAAGGCCUCGAUGACACGACGGAUGGUCGUCCCGAACCCAAAGAAGACAAAGAAUUGACCGUCAAUCUCGAAUGUAAGAUCUGUAUGAGUCAACUCGUGGACACCGUGAUAAUUCCAUGCGGUCACGCCAUACUUUGCCGCUGGUGCGCUGAGCAGCACAUGCCGUCCAGUCGACUCGAUCAAGCUCGGGUCAAGGGGCGGCCCCUUUGCCCUAUGUGUCGUGGAGUCGUCAAAUCCAAGGUACGGCAUCGGAUUCGGAUGAGGAAUAGCGCUAACAUGAUUGUUGUCUAG